GCUUCAGUUGUUACUUGAAAUAUUAUUUUGGGCUUUGGUUUUUAAAUUGUUAAACAAUUAUAAACAAUAUUUAUUAUUUCUAUAAAUUUUAUCAGUCAGUCAUAGCAAAUAAUCAAAUAUUUUUUAUUAAUUUCAAUAUAAAAUAUAUUUCGACUACAAGUAAGCAUAUACAGAAGAAAGUGAUUAAAUAACAAAUAAAUAUGAUUAUUAUAUCAAGACAUUUAAUGAUGGAUUCUAUUAAUCUUUUUCGACCAAAUUAUAUGUCGAUAUGGAAAAAGUUAUUCUCAGUACCGAUUCCGUGUUUGUGUCAAUGUAGUCAGUUGUACUAUGGAUCAAAAACACGUGUUGCAAGCAAAAGCAAGGGAUCUAUUGAAAAUGGAAGUGACGGUGUGCACAAAGAUAAAAUAAUUUCACUACUGAACUUUCAAACAGCAGAAGAUGCCUUACCUUUUUAUAAACUGCCUAUAAAGACAUUGCUCCAUGUAUACAAGACCACUAAAAAUGAUGAAAAUAACUUAUAUUGUAAAAAUAGAUUAUAUUACAUUUCUUCACAACUAAAUUAUCCAACCGCACUUUUAAGCUCAAAAUUAGCUCGUCGUACUUUUAUUUAUAGUUUGUCUUUUAAUUGGCUUAAAAGUUCAUUGGAAGUGUUAUUAGAAAUGGGUGUGUCAGCAGACCGCAUUGUAAGAGAUCUAUGGGUACUCAAAUAUCAUAGUACAACAAUACGAGAAAGAUUACAAAGAAUUAAAGAUAUGGAUAUUGAUAUUCUAUAUCCAUGGAUGGUUCGAUGUUCUGAGGACAUUUUGAACAGGUAUGUACAAAUAUGUCAGGAAACAAAGAAUAUACUUGGGGAGACUAAAUCUACUCAAAUCUAUUUAGCAAAUCGAUUAAAUAUAUCUUCGAAAGAUGUUGAAGAGAUGUGUCUGAGAAUACCGGCUUUAAAGACUAUUCGAGUGACCAAGGUUAAACAUUUCUUAGAUUUUCUCGAAAAGGAAGGCUUUGAAUUGGAAGAUAUUGCAUCAAAACCUAGGAUAUUAUCUGCUUCGCCGAAGACAGUUGAAAAAAGAUUAACACAACUACGUGAAUUAGGAAUGAAACAAAUUAAUUUAAAUAUACUUUGUAGAAGCAAGAAAGAUUAUAAAAAGUAUUUUGAGUCUAUGGCUUCAAUUCGUAAAAAAGAGCAUAAUACAUAAUUCAGUGACAAUAACCAUAAUUGUUGUGGUGACUGUUUGAAGAAUCAUUAAAGUUUACAUAAAAAUUGUU